UUUCCUGUGUUUUCCCCGCGAAAGAAGAGUUUUUCCUUGUGAAAUGAAGAAAUUAUUGGAAUGAUGUAGAACGAAACCAUUUUUUCGAUCCUUUCAUCAAGAUGGUGAUGAAAUGGGACAUAAACAAGAAGUACGCCUGUCAUGGCCAGGUAAAGCAGAGAGGUAUAACCAUAGGAUCAGGAAAGUGGAAGACAGGAAAUAUCUGUGUACAUUUUGUCAAUGGCAAGUGGAAGCUGGAGGUCUUCUAUUGUACUGCCCCAAACAAGUCUGUGAUAUCAACGGAGGUGAAUAAUGCUAACAUUGAAGGAGUGAUAUGUAAGAAUCAGCUGGUCAUCACACUGAGGAACCGAUCUGAAGCUUCAGCUAUCCAGUUUAAACCAGAAUCUAAUGCUACACAGUACACUAAACCAAUGUCCGUGUUGGACCAACUCAUCAAGGACAUCUGUACUGGAAAAAUAGCCCCAGAAUCUCAGCAGAAUCCUUCGAUGGUUUGUGUUAGUGGAUGGCAAAAAAAUGGAACUAAGACGCCUUCUAAGCAGACACUGGCCAAAGACUCAAACUUUACAAGCGUGAAGAAGAAAUCAGAAGAGAUUUCGCUGUUUGAAGAUACUGACGAUGAGAAUGAAUUCAAAGAAAACCAGAACAGAGGUCAGGUGUCAAAGGAGAAGAAUCUGAAGUACUUACAGAAUGGGAUGGAGAAAGCUCGUAACCACCUUCAGCAGAUCGAAACAUCUGGGUUCUAUAGUAGUUCUUCAGCAACACCCCGUAGUUAUGGAGCUUUCUCAGUGUCAAGUAAUUUGAAGAGAUCACCUGGUAUGAUGCCAGACCCAACUCUACAGAAACGACCUCGCUUGUCUGAUUCAAUUAACUACACAUGGAACAAAUCUACUACCACCACUCCUGGGAGCAAUCAGUUACAGACCCAACCAAAAAGUCUACAAGGGUUCUCUAAUCUUGGAAACACUUGCUACAUGAAUUCUAUCCUUCAAUCGUUGUUCUGCUUGGACACGUUCUCCAAUGAUUUACUGUUCUCUAACAGUCGAGUGAUGAAAUCUCUGCAUUCCCAGUCUCUGUAUAGUGCCCUUUAUAAACUUCUUCGAUCGAGAACUAAAACACUUCCUGAACAUGUGAGGCGGGACAUGCUACGGAAUGUUAAGUCUGCAAUAUCUACAACGGCCAAGAGGUUUUCUGGCUACCAACAACACGAUGCUCAUGAAUUCCUUGGUCAGGUGUUGGACCAGCUGAAGGAAGAGGUGACUAAAGUGUCCAGCUCCACACCUAGUCCCCAUAGGGAGGGUUCUGAUGGCGACACUCCGUACAUCAACCCAACCGUGCAGAACUUUGAGAUGGAAGUCCUCCACUCUAUUACCUGUCUCCAUUGUCAGGAGGUGGUCACCAAAGCAGAGCAGUUCAAUGACCUUUCUGUGGAUAUGCCAAGACGAAGAAAAAAUGGUGAGCAGUCUUCGAUUCAGAAUGCACUGGAUUUAUUCUUUCGGUCGGAGGCAAUUGAGUACACGUGUGAAAAAUGUGGAAGUAACAAAUCAGAAGUCACACAUAAGUUUACUAGACUGCCAAGAGUACUUGUGUUACACCUGAAGAGAUACAACUUUGAUCAGAGUAUCAUUAACACCAAGACUGCGCAGAGUAUCAGCAUCACACGUUUCCUGUCAUUGGAUGCACAUUGUGAGGAGAAUACCUUCCCACCUUACCCAGCCCUGCUCCAGUCUCCUGAGCAAUAUAAAACACCAGACAAGAUUUUGACAUCCGAUGAGAGUGUGCCCAGACGACGUUUACAGCUUGGGGAAAGUUUCAGGUUCAAGAAAACACGACCGCUUGAAGAGGAUGAGAAGGAGGAUAUUAACACCAGUACACCUUACAAAAAAGCAAAAAUUUUUGAUCUUGGGGAGGACCAUGGUAUUAAAGCUGAUGUGCCAUUAAUGAUUGAAGAUGGUCCAGAAGAGGAAGAAGAGGACAAAGAUCUCGCCAGAGCCUUGGAACUUAGUCUUCAAGAGGCCAAUGACCGAACUCAGCAUUAUGUAGAUGAGACGAAGGAGACCGAGCUACAGAAAGUGUUGGAGAUGAGCAGAGUGGAGAUAGAAAAAACCUCCAACUUUGAUCAUGAUUAUGGGCAGACCAUUCAGAAUAUGUCAGAGGAGGAACAGAUGAGAUUAGCCAUAGAACAGAGUUUAAUGGAAACAAGUCGCAUCUCUCACAUGGAAAUAUCACAGGAAAUGGACCCAAUCAACCGCACACACAAGUAUGAGGCAUCGGACGAUACAAAAGACGACAAACAAACCAGUCCCAUGUACAGGUCAGAUGAAAGUGGAACAUCCUCAGUUAAAACAAUAGAGGAUACUUCCUCACAAACGGGAGAAGACCAUAUUAAAAAGGAAAAGAAUACUCUAUUUUCAGGAAAACCUCUACAAAAAUCACCCUUGUGUGUUAGAAAGUCAAGCAACAGUCCAGAAAAGACAAGUAAUGAUGACUGUUCUGUCAAAGGGAGGAUGCCAAGUGCUGUGUUAGAUGUGAUCACCGAGGAACAGGACACAGAUUCACAUAAUAUGAAAGUGUUAGACAAUGCAGUUGAUGCUUCACAGGGAUUCAGUGUAUCUGGUAAUACAGACAUUGCCUCCUCUGAUACGUCAGACUCGGGCAAACUUCAUUCUGUGAAUGAGACAACUACAACAAAAACAACACGAACUUGUCUCUUUGGGAAAGAAAAUGUGUCAAAGACUGAAUAUUCUUUACAUGAGUCAGGUAAAAAACAAAUCAGGUUAGAAUUGGAUCAUUCAUUUGAUGAUCUUGAUGAAAAACAGACAAAAUCAAAUGUUGAGGGAACGAGUAAAGAUUUGAAUAAUUCAAACAUUGAUUUGGAAUGUCAGAUCGCAAAGACAGAGGACAAUAAAGUUGACAACAGUAGAUUAUGUGGUGGUCAAGGUCAUGCAGCCGUCAGUAAGUCAGACAAGAGUGAGUACCAGACAGAAAUGGACACUCUGGACUCCAAACCUGAUCAAGAGUUUGCCAGUCUUCUUUGUGAGGAUGAAGAUGAUUUCCAACUAAUGUUGCUAGAAGAUAAAGAAAAUGCCCUUCCAGAGCAAAGAGAUGUGCAGACACAGUCAGGGGAUGACACCCAAUCCUACCUCGACCUUCCUGUGGUAGAAAACGAGAAAGGUGACCUUCCUUACUCGUACAAGCUUGUCAGUAUCGUUAAUCACCAGGGUAGCACUUCAUUUGCAGGGCAUUAUGUGACGGAUGUUUAUGAUCUGAAAAAAGGGGCGUGGUUCAGUUGUGAUGACUCUCACGUCACCAAGUCAACAGAAGCUGAGGUGCGAUUGAAACGGGAGAGGAGUGGCUACAUCUUUUUCUACCUUAGCAAAGAAAUAUAUGAAGAUCUGAAAGACGACUUUGCUGUUCAGAAUGGAAAAAGGAAGCCUUGAUCUUUUUUUUUAUCUUGGAUUAUUUGUUUACUUCUGACAGUGUUGUAUACUGUACAACAUUAUUGAAUUAAAUGAUCUGUUAGAUUU